AUGGAGGCCGCGCUGCGCAAGGCCGAGGUCAAGGAGAAGGAGGCCAUCGUCAACAAAGCGCACGCCCUCCUCAUGCUUGGCAUUUGUCGUCCGGCAGGUUUCUCUGUAGCGGCCGUCGGCCCGGCGAGCACAUGCUCGUCGGUCGCCCGGCCUCCGCACUGCCAGUCGCCGGCGUCGCGGACCACGCCUAUGUCGCCCAACUUUCCCCCGCCAAGGCACGACGGCCAGACCCGUUUCUCGGGGUCGCCGGACGUGGGCGUGAUCAUGCCGUCCACCCGGAGUCCCUGGCCUCCACCCACCGAAGCACCGAACCGUUCUUGCACCACCGCGACGGCGCUGCUCGGCGACGCUCUGCGGCAGGCCAUCAUGCCGCGGGGUGAGUACGAGGCGCUGCGGGACGAGGAGCGCGCGCUGCCGCUAGCAGCGGCGGCUGCCGCCUGCGUCGCCUUCGCUACCGUUGCCGCGGUGGGGAUCAGCCUCGGGAUCGUGUUUCCCGCCGAGCCCGCGGACCGGCCCUUCUGCCGGGAGCGCCGCAUGCUGGAGGCGCUCCCGGCAGCUGCUAGCAGCCGGGAGGAGGAGCCCGAGGCGUAUCGGUACCGAGGCGGGGCUUUCUACAUGACCACGGCCGAGGCUGCCGACUUCUACUGGAUGGUCGUCUUGGUGCCAUCCGCUGUCCUCUUCGCCGCAUCCGCCGCUUACCUCGUAUCAGGAAUAUCUGUUGCAUAUGCUGCUCCAAGGAGGCAUCCGUUCAUUUGCAUUGUCGAGAAUAACUUCUGUGCUUCUAGAAGAGGUGGUAUGCGUUGCCUGGCUAUAGUGAAUGCAGCUUUCGCCCUCAUAUUUGGUCUCAUGGCAAUAGUCUUUGGAUCAAUGCUUCUGGCCCUUGGAAGUAGUUGCUCGAUUCCUCUCUUCUGGUGCUACGAAAUUGCAGCAUGGGGUUUAGUUAUCCUUUACGGUGGUACAGCCUUCUUCUUGAGAAGGAAAGCGGCAGCGGAGGGCGAUUAUGCUAGCCAUAUUGUGGGCCUUGAGAUGCUCGAGACCACAAUUGAGGUGACCUCAGAGGCGCAGAGGCGUGUAAACGAUGGCUUCAAAACAUGGAUGGGGUCAUCGCUUCUAUCUUCAGACGAUGAGGAGGAAGCUUUGGAUGACUAUAUAGAGCACAAUGCUCCUGCCCCGAAAGCUUCAGUUCAGCACAGGAAGGAAAAUGAUUUACAAGAGCUGACUUAAUGUAUAAACAAAUGUACAUAGUUCACUUAUUCCUUGAGGUUUGGUGAUGUUGUAAAUGCGUGGCUCGAGUUCCACGGCUUAAAGUGUGUUAUUUCGUUCGUUUUCCACUGGAGAGCAACGAAAAGAGGGGUUAGUUAGCAAGCCAAAUACAGGGAUCCUUCUUUCGAUCACUUACUAUUCGUCCAUUUCAAUCCAGGGACGAAAUACUCCCUCUGUCCGAAAAAAGUUGCCCCUCUAGCACUAAUACAUUCAUUUGAGGGACAAGCUUUUCCGGACGGAUGGAGUAGUAAAUAGGAAUGCAGUCCCUAUCUUAUGCGCAUUGUUAUUUUACUUUA